AUGGGCUCCAAUAGAAGUCACUGCCAUGGUCCACAAUGUAACUCCAUUAAUCUCAACUCUUCAGACUUGAGUGGAGGCAAUGCUCUCUGCUUGCCUAGCAGCUGCCAAGAUCAUUCCUGGUUUCUGGACAAUCGCCAAGAUACCCAGAGUGAACCAACCAACUGCCAGCCAAUCCAGUGCGAGCCUAGCAACUGGGAAAUGUCUUGCUGUCCUUCUGCUGCCUACUACAUGCCGAGACCCUGCAUGGGAUCCAGCUUCAUCCCCACUGCUUCCUAUGGCUCUAGCUCCUACCUUCCAAUGCCCUGUAGACCUCUGAGUUGUGUGACAAACAACUGUCGACCUCAGAAUCUCUGCACCUAUGGAUACCGUCCCGUGGGUUAUUUGCCCUGUGGUCCACAACCUAUUCGCAUUGUGUCCAGCAGCCUUCGACCUCUCUGUCCUAUCUCUGGGGGAUAUCAACCUGGGACCCCCAUAUUCAAUACCUGUCGUCCAUCUUGGUCUGUUACCGGCUGUCAAUAG